AUGGAGAUGGAAAUGGAAGAAUUGGAGUCGACUUGGAAGGCGCUGUUCCAGCGGCGGGUGGUGAUGGCGGCCAAGCACUGCCACAGCGUCCACGAGCACCUCCUCGGGGCGCUCGAGGCCGUGGACGCCGACGUGCAGGACAGGCGCCGCCACCAGGGACCCCGCGCGGAGGCGGCGCAGCGCGCGCUCGAGGGCGCCUCGAUGGAGCUCGGCCUCGCCGUGGCCAGCAUGGGCGCGGCCCGGCACCUGGCGCUCCGUGGCGGCGCGCCGUGCCCGAGCGCGCCGCUCGAUUCCGAGGACGACCUCGCCGGGGACCACCCCGGCGUGUGGUGCGCGCUUGAGAAGCUCGGGAACGCCGCCUCGCUCGCCACCCGCGUGCACGACGGCGUGGAACGCGCCCGCGGGCACCUGAGCGCUGCCGAGCUCCUGGUGGCCCUGGACGAGGCCAGCGACGGCGGCGGCGGCGGCAACACCGCGCCGUGGAAGCAGAGCCCCUGCCUCUCCGAGCAGGUCAGCGGCGCCAUGGCGCUCGCCGAAGCGCUGCUGAAGGCGAUGGACCUCGCCACGGAGACCGCCGACGCGCGCGAGGCGGCGUUCGGCUUCAUCAGCGGCGUCAAGUGAGCCAUCUCCGGUGUCCCGAAUUCGCAGGACUCGGUCGGUCGUUCGAUUCGUCACCCUUUUAAUGUCGCGCCUCCUUUGUGUUUAAUAACUCUUGGAUUGGAAUGGUGAGACGAACGUGACUGUUUUGUUGCGAUUUGGUAAAUCUUGGAUUGACGAAUGGUCCAUCAUGUCCCUUGCGUG